AUGUCGCAUGCACGAGUGCUUCCAAGGAUUGAAGACAACUUCAAAAUUGUUCCCCCGGGAUCGUUAGUGGGUGGGCGGCCAUCUGUCAGGGGCAAGCCGGAACUGCCGCGUGGCUCCACAGCUGGGCUUCCAGGUGCCAGUCCACUUACGACAGCGCCAUUGGCUGCUCCCCUCCAUCCAGCAACAAGGCAGAGAGAACAAGCUGCACUUGCCCCACCUCCGCAUGCAUCGUUCUUGCGCAGGACGUCGACGGGAAGUGCAAGUUCUGGUGAGGCACCAGCGCCAUCUCCAAGUCCUUCUGGUACCAGCCACUCCGACAAGGAUCAAGAUCCUCAGGAAAAAAUAGAAAAGUUAGAAGAGGAUAAAAAACGCCGCCUGCAGCUCUACGUAUUCGUGUCAAGAUGUAUUGCGCAUCCGUUCAACGCUAAACAACCCACAGACAUGACCCGACGACAUACUAAACUCACUCCGCACCAGCUUGAGACUAUACAGGCUCGAUUCCAGGCGUUCCUUAAAGGUGAAACACAGAUUCUAGCAGACGAAGCGUUUCAAAAUGCGGUGCAGUCCUACUACGACGUAUUCCUGAAAUCGGAGCGAGUGGAACAGAUGGUGAAGUCAGGAGCAUGUUCCCAUCACGACUUUCGAGAAGUUUUUCGAAAUAACAUCGAGAAGCGAGUCAGGUCUUUGCCCGAAAUAGACGGAUUAAGUAAAGAAACUGUGCUAACAACAUGGCUUGCCAAAUUGGACUGCAUCAUGAAAGGAACUGGUAUUCCCGGAGAUGACGAAACCAAACGGCCUUCGCGGGCGCAGCAACAGAGUCUUAAUGCGGAAUGCAUCCUGAGCAAAGAACAGCUUUAUGAUAUGUUCCAACAGAUAUUAAGUGUCAAGAAAUUCGAGCAUCAGCUACUUUUUAACGCUCUAUUGUUGGAUUCAGCGGACGAGCAGGCAGCAGCGAUCAGAAGAGAGUUGGAUGGGAGAAUGCAGAAAGUGAAUGAGAUGGAGAAGAACCGCAAGUUGAUGCCGAAAUUCGUCCUCAAAGAAAUGGAAUCGCUGUACAUCGAAGAACUGAAGUCAUCUAUAAACCUUCUUAUGGCUAAUUUGGAGUCCCUACCCGUCUCUAAAGGCGGGGCCGACUCCAAAUACGGCCUACACAGAAUCAAGCGGUAUAAUCACAGGAAGUACAAAUCGCAAGGGUCUCUAGCGAACAAGUUAACCGGCGAGAGUGACGGGGGAGACGUGGACACGCAACUCACGAAAAUGGAUGUGGUUCUAACAUUCCAAAUUGAGGUGGUUGUUAUGGAAGUUAAAGGUCUAAAGUCGCUAGCACCGAACAGAAUCGUGUACUGCACGAUGGAGGUGGAAGGCGGCGAUAAACUGCAGACCGAUCAAGCGGAAGCCUCUAAGCCCAUGUGGGAUACGCAAGGCGACUUCAGCACAACGCAGCCAUUGCCAGCUGUGAAAGUGAAGCUGUACACAGAAAACCCUGGAGUCCUUGCAUUAGAGGACAAGGAGCUGGGUAAAGUGGUUUUACGACCAACGCCUCUAUCGAGUAAGGCUCCAGAAUGGCACCGAAUGACCGUACCAAAAAACUUGCCAGAUCAAGAUUUGAGGAUCAAAAUUGCAUGCCGGAUGGACAAGCCUCUUAAUAUGAAACACUGCGGAUACCUCCACGUAAUCGGCAAGAACGUUUGGCGCAAGUGGAAGCGACGCUACAUGGUGCUAGUGCAAGUGAGCCAGUACACGUUCGCGCUGUGCUCGUAUAAGGACAAGAAGUCCGAACCGGCCGAGAUGAUGCAACUGGACGGCUUCACUGUCGAUUAUAUAGAGCUGGCUAGCGCUCAACUAAUGGUUGGUCAAGAACUGGAAGGGGCGAAGUAUUUCAUGAACGCGGUGCGCGACGGCGAGUCAGUUCUGAUGGGAGUUGGCGAUGAGAAUGAGUGUCACCUGUGGGUCAUGGCUCUGUACCGGGCAACGGGUCAAAGUCACAAGCCGACUCCGCCGACAACUUCCGACACGCAUAUCAAGAUCAUGGGAGACGCGGACAAGGCUCGUAAGCACGGCAUGGAAGACUACAUUCAGGCAGACCCAUGUCAAUUCGAUCAUCACCAGUUGUUCUGCAUACUGCAGUCUCUAACGCUGAAGUACCGUCUGCAGGACCCUUACUGUUCCUUGGGCUGGUUCUCACCGGGGCAAGUGUUUGUACUGGACGAGUACUGCGCUCGGUACGGGGUACGCGGCUGUUUCCGUCACUUAUGCUACCUCUCCGAUCUUCUCGAUGUAGCUGAAAGUGGCCAGCAGACUGUGGACCCAACGCUCAUGCAUUACUCCUUCGCCUUCUGCGCCAGCCAUGUCCAUGGUAACAGUACGGCCACGUUGCCUGGCAGGCCCGACGGCGUAGGCAGCAUCACCGUGCAGGAAAAGGAGAAGUUCGCCGAGAUCAAGGAGCGCCUCAAGACGCUGCUGCAGGAUCAGAUCACCAACUUCAGAUACGCGUUCCCAUUUGGGAGGCCCGAAGGCGCGCUUAAGGCUACACUAUCUUUACUGGAGCGAGUGCUAAUGAAGGAUGUGGUGACACCGGUAGCACCAGAAGAAGUCCGAGCCAUGAUACAAACGAGCCUCGAGAACGCGGCCUUGCUGAAUUAUACACAACUCAGCCAAAAAGCUAACAUUGAAGAGGAUCUCAGGGGAGAAACAAUGGUGACUCCAGCUAAGAAACUAGAAGACUUAAUCCAUCUCGCAGAGUUGUGUGUUGACCUUUUGCAACAAAAUGAAGAACAUUACGCCGAGGUUUAUAACACAAAACCGGACUCUAGCGGUCAACAAAAUGCAUUCGCGUGGUUCUCCGAACUCCUCGUUGAGCACGCGGAGAUCUUCUGGGCGCUAUUCGGAGUAGACAUGGACCGCGUGUUGGCAGAACAACCUCCGGACACGUGGGAUUCUUUUCCACUGUUCCAGAUAUUGAAUGAUUAUUUGCGGACUGACGAGAACCUAAAGGGCGGUAGAUUCCACGAACACCUGCGCGAUACUUUCGCGCCAUUGGUGGUUCGCUACGUCGAUCUAAUGGAGUCGUCGAUAGCACAGUCCCUGCACAAGGGAUUUGAGAAGGAACGAUGGGAAAUUAAAGGCAAUGGCUGCUCAACCAGUGAGGAGUUGUUCUGGAAAUUGGACGCGCUGCAAUGCUUCAUACGAGACCUGCACUGGCCGGAACCUGAGUUCCGUUCACAUCUCGAGCAACGACUGAAAUUGAUGGCCUCUGACAUGAUGGAAACCUGCAUACAGAGGACCGAAUCUUCUUUCCAGUCUUGGCUGAAGAAGAGCGUGACGUUCAUGUCGACGGACUACAUCCUGCCGGCGGAGACGUGCGCGAUGGUCAACGUGGCGCUCGACGCUAAGAACCAGGCACUCAAGCUGUGCGCCGUGGAGGGUGUCGAUAUUGCUAUGAAUCCGUCACUCUCAUACCAGUACCACGCAAAAAUGGACGCUCAAAUCGAGGCUUGCUUACAAGCGAUGGCGACUGGCAUGACGACACGUCUCUCAGCUGUGCUGGAGGCGACGCUGGCCAAGAUCGCGAGAUUCGAUGAAGGAAGUUUGAUCGGGUCGAUAUUGACCAUAGCGAACGUGUCUGGAUCCGGCAAGGACAUAGGCCAGGGCUACGUCAACUUCAUGAGGAACUCCAUGGACCAAAUCAGAUCAAAGGUGACAGAUGAACUAUGGAUCCUGCAGUUGUUCGAGCAGUGGUACGGCAUUCAGGUGGGGCUCAUCAGUUCGUGGCUAGCCGAGCGGCCCGCGCUGCACCCACACCAGGUCGCCUGCCUCUCCAUCAUACUGAAGAAAAUGUACAGUGACUUCGAGCUGCAAGGCGUAAUCGAUGACAAACUCAACUCGAAGGUGUACCAGAACGUAGCUGCUAGAAUGCACACCGAAGAGACCACGUGCAGUCUUCUGUUAGCCCAACAAGAUGCCGGAGGAGGUGACGACGGUGGCUCCGAAGAAGGAUCCAAGAGCGGAAAAUCCAAAUUAGAAUCCCUUACCGAGGACACUAAGCUCGGUAACGUUUCAGCAGUUGUUGGGAAGGUUGGAAACAUGUUCGGCCGUGGUAUUGGGGAGCUAUCCACCAAGCUGGGCGGCGCUUCGUCUUGGUUUUAG